AUGGAAGCGGUGCAGAAACAAAGGCUGUCAGGACCACCUCAGUUUGGUCCUUUGCUUCCUGUUCGUUUGCAUUUCUCAGAUGGUAUCGAGACACAACCCAGACAGGUGAUGGCUGAAGGCUUCAGAGCGAACAUCUUUAGUGGUCGACGUAGUGAGUGGGCCAGGGAGGUAUGGCCAGCGUGUUCGGGUUUGAUGGAUUUAGAGCAGUGA